AUGAUCACAACCACUCAUAUCAAUCUUCCAAAUGUCUUUUCCAGGUGUCAGUUGAAAGGUCUUUCUUGCCCAGACCAUAAUGAAAUCCAUUCUGACAUCUGUCGAACGAUGAUUUCCUCUCUCUCCCUCUCUCUCUAUCUAUCUCUCUCUCUACCCGUCCAUCUUUCAGCAUAUGCCCGAUUAUUGAAUGUUUACGGUUUUAAUCUAUCUAUCUAUCUAUCUAUCUAUCUAUCUAUCUAUCUAUCUAUCUAUCUAUCUAUCUUCAUCUUUUACUGUCGGGAAUUCGUUUUAACAUUUCAUUGUGUUUGUUUAUAUUUUCGGUUCUCUCUUCCUGAAGCUGAAACUUCCAACGCUCUUUCACUCUAUUUGAUCAUGUCCGUCACUCUAUCUAUCUAUCUAUCUAUCUAUCUAUCUAUCUAUCUAUCUAUCUAUCUAUCUAUCUAUCUAUCUAUCUAUCUUCAUUAUCUAUCUAUCUAUCUAUCUAUCUAUCUAUCUAUCUAUCUAUCUAUCUAUCUAUCUCAGCUUGUUCAUUAUCUAUCUAUCUAUCUAUCUAUCUAUCUAUCUAUCUAUCUAUCUAUCUAUCUAUCUAUCUAUCUAAGCCUGUUCAUUAUCUAUCUAUCUAUCUAUCUAUCUAUCUAUCUAUCUAUCUAUCUAUCUAUCUAUCUAUCUAAGCCUGUUCAUUAUCUAUCUAUCUAUCUAUCUAUCUAUCUAUCUAUCUAUCUAUCUAUCUAUCUAUCUCAGGCUGUUCAUUAUCUAUCUAUCUAUCUAUCUAUCUAUCUAUCUAUCUAUCUAUCUAUCAAAGAGCAUGCAAACACAUCUUCUACACUUGGAAUUUUGACAGAUUAUAACCCUUACAUUUACAAUAACACUCUGCAUAGACGUGAAUUUGAAAACUCAAUAAUAUCUAUCUAUCUAUCUAUCUAUCUAUCUAUCUAUCUAUCUAUCUAUCUAUCUAUCUAUCUAUCAUUGCAUGCCGCGCCGGUCUGCGUCUGGUGGGCAUUUGUAUUUGAUACCAAAAUCUGUCUGUCUGUCUGUCUGUCUGUCUCUAUCUAUCUAUCUAUCUAUCUAUCUAUCUAUCUAUCUAUCUAUCUAAUUCUCAAUGCGUCUUUGGAAGAGUCACUUUAUUUGAAAUAUAAUGGGGAUCACAUUCCAUUUGUAUUGUCGCUUCCUCCUUUUCCCUUUUCCUUCUUCUUUUUCUUUUUACUUCUUUUUUUCCUUCUUUUUCCUUUUUUCUUUUUCCUUCUUUUUCCUUUUUUUCUUUUUUCUUCUUUGUGUCCUUCAUCUUCAAAACUGCUGACGAAUCACGCUGAACCUCGUCCCCCGUCACACCCAUCUAUUCUCGAUCGCUUGAUUGCGAGAUUCAAUAUCGAUAUUACCGAAAUCGAUCAUAGUAUUCAAAAGUCUUUCACAGUCCAACUACCAACCGUCCCUCUUCUAUUCUUUGCUCUGAUUGGCUUAAGUUCUGACCAUUUACACUUUCCCGCCGUUAUGUUAAGCUUCCGCCAUCCUUGCAGCAUCCGGUUUCUUGAUCAUCUCACAUUUCUCUGCCUUUUCUCCUUUUCUUAA